UUGUAUCCGUCGCGUACGGCAUGAGUCCGGAAUUCCAGCCAGCGCGUGUAUAUUUAUAAGUCCAAUGAAUGGGGCGCCUCUUAUUCGCCAAUUAAGCCACCGAGACCGAGGCCGAGCCCAGCCAGCCAGUCCGUCCGCCCGUUCUCUCUCAGCAUCCUUCACGUCCACCGCGCGCGAGGGCCGUCGCCUGGACGCCCGGCUACUGCCAGGCGAUCUGCCGCGCCUAUAAGCACCGCUCUUCGGCUGCUCAUGGGGAUCGUCGCGCGCCUCGCUGUCUUAUGAUGCUAAGAUGGCGCUAUCUACGCCCACCAGCAGCGCUUCCCGUCGCUUCAACCCUCUCUCCUCCCCCAGCAAAAACGAUACGCCUCAACCCGUCGUCCUGGUCAGGCCGAUCCUCCCUCAGAAGGCCGUCACCGACGCAUCCAUCGAGGAAGCCUACGUGAAUUUUAUCCUCUACUGCAACCCGGCCGUGCCUCUGGAGACCGACACCGCCGCGCUCAGGGAGGCCUUCCGCACCCCCCCAAGAAGCGAGGGCAAGAGCUUCAGCACCUUCGCCCUCUUCGAACUUAUCAAGCAGCUGCAUGCCAAGGAGCUCAAGACCUGGGCCGACCUGGCCCUGAAGUUGGGCGUCGAGCCGCCCGACCACGACAAGGGCCAGAGCUCCCAGAAGAUACAGCAGUAUGCUGUCCGAUUAAAGCGGUGGAUGCAUUCCAUGCACAUCGAUGCCUUCUUCGACUACCUGAUGGACAACCCGCAUACCUACUGGACUCACAUCCCCACCGACCCGAACCCCGUAUGCGAGGACGGCCGGGACGGCGUCGCCGCCCAAGACGACAUGGCUUUGCGUGCGCUGUUGCCUCACAUCCGGCCCCGUCGGGGUCGGAAACGGCCCGAAGAAGACGGCUUCAGCAAAUCCCCCUCGCAGAGGCCCCGGUUGGGCUCCCCGUCGUUCAACCGGCCUCGGCCGGAUUCCCUCGACCCCUGGACCGCCCAUCCGGACGGCAGAAGCGCCUUCAUGUUUCCGCAGUCAGACCCGAGAUCGAGCUUGCUGCCGGAAGCGGCCUCAGCCUUUCCCUGGAACCACGACGCCUCUCGGGAACCGAUGUCGGCGUAUCCUCAAUCGGCCAUGACACCCUCGACGAGAGGGACGUUUUGGGGCGAUCCGUCGGAGCCUCGCUCGGCCGUCAGCCCGCCGAAAGUCAAAUCCCUCGGCCGCCGCCACGGAGCUAAGGUGGUCUCCUCGGCUUGGAGAAGCAGCGGCGCGUUCACGACCGGUAGGCCCCGCGGCCGGCCACCAACCAGCCGCCCCAACGAGAGCUCUCUGUCGGCAGUCCUCGACGGCCCCGCGCCUCCUCUCGAACCUACUACCACACCCCAGUCAGCGACACCAACAUCCUCGCCCAUGCCACCUCCCGACCCGACGCCGAGCUCAGCCGGUCCAACAUCUACGCCUACCACGCGUCCUACCCGACCCGGCCGUCUAUCGCUCCAAGUACCCGAAAGAGCCAGCGCACCGGUUAGACUCGCGACCCCGCCGCCGCCACUGCCGCCGCCACCUCCUCCCGCUGUCAUGGUAAACGGAAAAGCCGCGAUAAACGGGGACCCCGGCGUCGCCACUACUCCCACCACCAACGGCACGAACGGAGUGGCCACUCCCAACCACGGCAGCACCCGGUUCGCGGGGGACGCGUUCACAGUAUUCGACCGGACCUCGGCCUUGUUUACGGCGGUGCCGGCGGAUGGCGGGGCUAACGGGAGCUCGGCAAUGCUGCGAUUUGACCCGCAACGCGGCGGCGGCGACGACGACGACGACGACGGGAUAGGAUUCGGGGCGGGGGGCGACCGGACAAAUUGUGAGGAGAUCGAAGCGCUUUUCGUGGCGGACCUGCUCGAAGGAUCAUGGCUGGACGCGGACAUGCAGCCCGGGCCGCCGGGCACGAUCGACGAGGCGCUCGCGCUCGUGCGUGCCGUCAUCGCGAGCAUCUCGCGCCAGGCGCUUACCAAGGAGGCCUUCCUCAUCAACCUGUCGGCGCUCGCCGGCGUAAAGUACAUGAUGCGCCGCGGCAGCAGCUGGGUGCAGCGCAUCGAGGUCGGGCCCGACCGCACGCGCUACCAGUGCUCGUGGGGGCUCCGGUACGGCGCCGUCAGCGGCACCUUCAGGCUCACCGAGACGGUGGCGCACGCGCGGUGGAAGGGAGCGCCGGGGGGAGGAGGAGCAGGAGGAGCAGGAGCAAGCGUGGUGGACGUGCCGCCGUGCGGGGACGCGGCCGCCGAGUUCUGGCGCGCAAGGUAUGCGGGGCUCGCGCGCGCGGUGAACCGGCGCGGGUGGGACGCGGACGGUGACAUGCACGAGGAGCCGGGGAACGGGGGUGGGAACGGGACUGGGAGUGGGGCCGCGGUGAGGGACGGGCCGAAGGGGACGUAGGCUUAAAGAGGCGGGUUACGGUGACGAGGAUGGGCCGCGCGAGAAGAGGACCCAGGGUUCCCGCCGGAGACGCUUCUUCUCCUGCUCCGGCUGGCGGCCCCCCGUGUGCUUGUAUUUCUAUGUGGUUUGUCUAUUCGGCUGUUUUGUCUGUCCCGUUCUGCUCUGUUUUUUUUGUUUCUUUGAAACUUCCGAAAGAUACCCCCUGGAACUGCUUUAUAUCCUGUAUACACGCAUCGAAGAGGAGGGGACCGGAGGUCAAGGCGUAA